UCCUGUUUGUAGCUAUCUCUGAGAGUGAGCGCGCGCUGGGAGUGGCACGCGGACACGGUGAGUCUGAAGUUUGAUCUGUGCUCGGUCUCUGUCUGUUUGUGUCUGUCGGUUCCGUCUCACCGUCUGUGGGUCCGUUUCCGGUUGUCUCGUGGUGUUCGGUGUGUUGAUUGACAGUCACGGUUUGUUCGGGGCUCGCGCGUCAACGCGGAAAUGCCCUCGGUGUGGCGGUCAGACGUCAUCAAUCACUUCCAAUAACUGGUUAUUGAUCCUCGACAUGACACCAGUAAGGUACUGACGGCGGUGUGACGACACACACCUGGACCGUGUCUCAGGUAGAGGUGAGCUACAGCCUUCAGUGACGUUAAAGAGUCGGUUCAGCCGAACCUUAGGUUCCAGUCUCCUCUGUGUCCUCAUGAUGUCUACACUGUGAACACCUGCGGACACAUGAGGACACAUGUCUGUCCACAGGACAGCCUCAUGUUCAGUUUAUAGACAUGUAGUCAUAACUACAGUGUCUGUUCCGUUUGACCCUCACAGGACUCCGUACUAAAGCCCAGAGGAUACUCAUGGACUCUUAUCUGUCUCUCUGCCUGUGGACAGACGCAGCUGCUAGGUACUGAAACACAUGACCUGUCCUCCACAGUGAGACAGAGUCUGCGUCUGUCUGAACCUGCAGGACACAGCAGGACACAGCAGGACCAGAACUUACAAAGACUAACUACUUUCUACAGACGCACAGGAGCCAUCUGUUUAGACCUCCUGGACCUGGACUCACUGGACCUGGUCUGUAUUAAGGACUGUUACCAAGUGGAUCAGGAUCUUCCUGGUUCGAGUCUGAAAUGAUGAAUCUGAUGAACAGUAAAGCUGCGACUGUGAUUCUACUGUCAGCUCUGCUGCUGGGAGUGUUGUACUGCUACGUUUACCUGUUCCCUUACCCCAGAGCCGUCAUAUCCUUUGAGCCGGAUGACAUCAGACAGGAGGCGGGACCUGCUGAUGUCAUCCCUGUGAGUUACGAGAUCCACCUGGUGGCUCCUGAACAUCUAAAGUACGAGCAGCCUAGCAUCGUGCAGGGCCGUAGCGACGUGGUGACGGUGACGCCUUGGUUGGCUCCUGUUGUGUGGGAGGGAACCUUCAGCCCAGUUCUACUCGACAGCAUCUACAAACCAAAGAACAUCAGCGUUGCCGCCACCGUGUUCGCUGUCGGAAAGUACAUCAUGUUCCUGAAGAACUUCCUGGAGACGGCGGAGCAGCACUUCUUUGUUGGUUUCAGGGUGCACAUCUACGUAUUCACUGACCGGCCCACUGAGGUGCCCCAAGUCAAAAUGGCCGCUGGCAGACAGCUGACAGUGCGUUCGGUGCCCAGCUCCAAGCGUUGGCAGGAGAUCUCUGCUCGCAGGAUGGAGCUCAUCCAGACGCUCAUAGAGGAGGAGCUUCGUAAGCAUAGCGACUACAUCUUCUGUCUGGAUGUGGACUCCAAGUUCCACGGCCGCUGGGGGACGGAGUCGCUGGGCGGGCUGGUGGCUGUGAUCCAUCCAGGUUACUAUAGAGAUGACCGCAGUAAUUUCCCCUACGAGCGGAGACCCGAGUCCAGAGCCUACGUGGCGUAUGGGGAGGGGGACUUCUACUACUGCGGGGGGGCCUUCGGAGGCCUCCUACAGGAAGUACACCUGCUCGCCAAAACCUGCCGCUAUAACUUCGAGGCUGACGCCAAGGAUGGCAUUGAGGCUGCCUGGCAGGAGGAAAGUCACCUUAACAGGUACAUGUGGAUCAAUAAGCCCAGUAAGGUGCUGUCACCUGAGUACCUGUGGCAGGACUUCAAACCCAGAAACUCUGAAGUUCACGUCAUCAGGUUCUCUGGAGUCGUUAAAAACUACGCUGAGAUCCGACCCAACGUCUGAGACUCUGGACCGGAUCGCAGCAGAGUCACGGUUUGAAAGGGUUCAGAGAAACUGCCUGUACACACCUGAGCUUACCCUCAACCCACCAUUUCACCUGACUCCUGGCUGUCGGCCACAGACUGAACCCCACAGAGAUAACACAGCACUUCCUUUUCUUACCCAGUGUCACAGCACAAUCCGUCCCCCCCUCAGGUCCUGAACCUCUACUGAGCACGUGCAGCUCACUGAACCUCUGAGGCUGUCGACACUGGACUCUCUCUGACCUCCCUCUUCUUCCUAAAUUAUGAACCUCAGGUGACCCACACUCAGCACUGUGCCUGAAUGCAUCAUGUGUGAAGCUGAUGCAUGACUGAAGCUGACGUCUGCGUCGCCGCUUUUCUUUUUGUUUUGAUUUUAACCUCAUUUUUAGACCAGGGAAAAUAUUGAAGUCUAACAUGUCGUAUUUUCGUUACCCCGCAAGCUGCUCAGUCAGCACUCCCUCAACUACAUGGCUUUAUGCAAGUGAAUGCACAGUGAUGUCAUCAAUAUGCAAAUGAGUGUAUGUAAGGCCGUACAAUUAAUUGUCUGGUGAUCGCAGGUACGAUUUUGAGGUCAAAGGAUUUCAAAAUUAAUGAAAUUGAGGGUAAAUGAUUUUUGGUCACGGACGCCUGGAGAUGUUGCUUGGUCUUCUACGGAAGCCACGCAUGCGCAAUACCGCCCCCUCCCCUGCUCUCCUCUACAUAAGUUUAUGACAUCAUCUGUCAACUCAUAGAAACUUUUGGUGCUUGUGCUACUUUCAUUGGAAAAGAGUCAGAAACACUGGCAGUUGAUGAUGAUAACGUUAGCAGGCUAACAGGAAGUACGCAUUAGGAACGUAGGAAGCUAACUAUGCAAACGAUACCAGGUCAGUGCUUCCAACAUCGUGCGUCUGUUUCACCGUGUGACAGAUUCUCAUGUUAUAGAAAAUAAUUUCAAUAUAAAAUGUGAACGAACAAAAAGAAAAAACUUAGGGACUGUUCGUUAUUUAUUCUCAUUUUUGAAGCACUCAGGAGGGACUUAUGUUUUUUAUUUUGGUUUAGGGGCGGGGCAUACAGAAAUCGUUUGUUAGGAUGAAGUAUAUGGGCCCCCUAUGUAACUGAUCUGUGGCAUCCCUAUAGAAAACACAUCAUCCAUUAUCAUCCAGACCUUGGGUCUCUGCCCAAACCAGAUCCAGAUGUGCUGGCCAUCAAUCAAUAAAAUUAAUACAAACAUGACGUAUGCCUAUGCCUAGGUUACUUCAUCCUAACAUGGUUGGAUGUGAUGAACACUUCUGUCAGAAAAUAAACCCGUAACCAAAUAUGAUCUUGAAAUAAUGAUAUUUCAUUCUAAUCACUUUAUUCUACGUCUCAUUUAAGAUUUGUCCAAAAAUAAAGCAUUUGUACAACAAAA